AUGGUGUUCUUGCGAUGUGGAGGGCUUCUGUCCUUGUUGGUCCAGGCGGCUGCAUACCCGGGGUCCAUGAGCUGCGACUUCGCAUGUAUGGGCGGCUACACACCUGGAAGCUCUUUCACCUACAUGGGUAUCGCAAACGUAGGAGCUACGUCGGGCGACACGUGCAAGAUUGCCACAGAUGUGCCGACCGAGGGCUACACCGCUGGAGGGUCGCACCGUGUCUCAACACAAGCGACGCGUUGCGCACCUCCCAAGUCCUAG